AUGCAUGGGAUAGAGAUUGUCUCAAAUCUUGUAUAUAAAUGGCUAUAUAUAAAAUCGAAGGCACAUGGAAAGUAA